GCUGGCUCAGUAAUAGAAACAUGGCUGCCUCUGCACCAAGCCGCAGAGGAGCACAUCUACAACGCAGUAACACGACUGAUAUUAAUCCCAACAAUGCAGAAAGCCGGGAGCCUCCGCAGCCAUGGGAAAUGAUAAAACCCUCAAUCACGGAGCUUACCAAAGAGGUACGGACAAAUAUCCUCUGCACCGUAGAAGGAUGUGGAAAGAUCUUGCCAAAUACCCCUGCCCUCAACAUGCACCUCGUCAAGUCACACCGGAUUCAGGACGGCAUGGUCAAUCCAACUGUGCGAAAGAAAGAUAUAAAGGCAUCGCAGAAACUUUACUGCUGUCCAAUAGAAGGAUGCCCAAGAGGACCCAGCAGACCUUUCUCACAGUUUUCUCUGGUUAAACAGCAUUUUAUGAAGAUGCACGCUGAAAAGAAAUACAAAUGUGCCAAGUGCAGUAACUGUUAUAGCACUGAGUGGGACUUGAAACGGCAUUCGGAGGACUGUGGGAAGACAUACCGGUGCACGUGUGGAUGCCCCUAUGCCUGUAGGGCAGCAUUGUUGUCACAUAUCUACAGGACAGGGCAUGAGAUCCCUGCAGAACACAGAUAUCCACCAGUUAAAAAGAGAAAGAUGGAAGGGUCAUUAAGUGGAGCAACAAAACAAAGACCCAACGACCAGAUGUUUCAAAUUGUCAGCAUAGAACAAGAGCUGUCGGAGGUUUAUGUGGCAUCAAGUGGUCCCUGCCAAUCCACUGUUGGGAACUCAAACCCUACACCAAAUAAAACUAUUCAGAAGCUUCUCUUGCCAAAGCCCAGAGUAGCCUUGGUGAAAAUCCCUGUGAUGCAGUUUGCCCAUGUGCCAAUCAUUGUAUCCUCAGCGGACCACUCAAUCAAGCCAGUUGUAGUGGCAGUUGACAAUCAAGGAUCUGUAAUAAGCACUGUGCAUCUCCUUCCCCAGUCAAUGGGAACUUUGGACACAAAAGCUUUGACCUUCAGAGAUACCAUGCCUAUGUCGAGAUUGGCCCUGGAACCUGUCAGUACUGGAGUGCAAGUGAAUCUGGAAGCUAUGGCUUCCAACCAUAACAUUUUUACAGAAAUGGGUCAUAGGAAUAAGAGCAUUUCUACAAACAUUCAGACCGAUAUAUCAUACCUUUCAAAGGGCUCCACACAAGCAAGUUUUUGCCCCAUCAGUGAUUCAUCUGUGUCAUCUUGUGCCCAAACAGAUAUAAGUGUUAGUGCUCAGGUGCUGUUGCCCAUCAAUGUACAGACCCAGACGUUUCCCUCUCCCUACAAAAUUACUUCUUCCAUAGGUGCCCAGACUGACGCUUUUGGCCAAACCUAUUACCCCUCCUAUGCUGUUACCAGAAAAACCCAAACAAACGCUAAUCUAAGCGCUAUGGAAUGCAGAGAGCAGCAAAUGGACCAAGCUGUAAUGUGCGCAGACAUUUUUGAGAACGACUCCUCUUACAGUGUCUCGACACAAACCAGUUUAAAAAGCAACUGCUUAACAGAGAAUGUGAACCAACACUUGACUUCCAGUAGCAACCCCAAUCUUUUUGAUGAGAAAUCAGUUGGUAUUAUGUGCUUCAGUGCACAGACAUCUUUGCUCCCACAGCACCCUGUGGCAGACAAUCAAACACAAACAAUGAAUUUAUUCAGCGAUCUUGAAAACAUUCUAUCAGAUAGCAUGACUGGUCACUCCCUGGACAACCGUGGCCCAUUGUCAGAUGCCAGCACAAGCUCUGAAAUUGGCUUGACAUCUGUCCAGGAACAAAAUACAGGAAUUGACUUUGACUUUGAGGAGUUCUUGAAUGCAGCUCACACACAGACUCAAACUGAGGAGAGUGAAUUAGGCACUUUAAACUCUGAGCCAGUCUUAGAAUCUCUUGACAUUGAAACUCAGACAGAUUUUUUGUUCUUUGAUGAUCAUGCUCCCAAUUACAAUAGCAGAGUUCAGUCAAACUACUUGGGGCUUGACACCCAGACACAAACUGACCUAAAUUUUCUUUUGGACACCAGCAGUCACAUACCACUGGGCAAUUUUCUGAAACAAUCAAGUUUUUCUAUGAGCAUGGAAUCCUCUGAUACAGAAACACAGACUGAGGUUCAUCCAGCUCUUCGGUGUAACACCACCCAUGAAAGCCAAGUGAAGUCAAACAGCACUGAGACCCAGACUAUAACUAGCUGCUUUGGAAGCUUGGGAAACUUGUUCUUAACCAGCAAUGAGACCCAAACUGUUAUGGAUGACUUUCUGGUGGCUGAUGUUGCUUGGAACACCCUGGAAUCCCAUUUCAGUUCAGUAGAAACUCAGACAUGUGAGGAACUCUCUUCACUCUUUCAUCACUCUGACAGAACCAACAAUUGAAUCUAGCAGCUGUGAUCCACUGAACUUCUUGGUGACUUGUAAAGUUGACUUACCGUGAACUGAUGAACUGAUUGAUAGAACUACCGGUACAAAACCAGAUCAGUAUCUAUUCAUUGUGUAAAAGGCUAUACAGUUCUGGCAAAGAGAUAGUAAACAAUUUCAUAACUAACAUGGACAUUUUGCCACAUUUCUAUUAUUGUACUGUAUUUAUGAUUGAACUAGUAGUCAAGCUCAGUACUGCACUAACCCAAAAAUGUUUAUGGUUAAAGUUUUUCUAUAGAUCUCAUUCUACAACUGGCAACUAAACCUACUGGAGUUAAGUAGGACUGAAGCAGCUACACAUUCCCCACACCUUCAGCCUGUCUGUGCCUGCUAUUCAAUCACCGGCAUCUUUGGCCAUAUCUGGUGUCGAAAGGUAUCUUAAGGUCCGAUUUCUGCCCCUCACGAGCUAAUGCAUGUGUUCCAGCCACUCCUUGUUUCCCGUCUUGCUAUGCAAGACAAGUUCAGCUCAUACACAGUUAUACUGCUUUGUACCGUAUGUUCAGUUACUACAACCCCAUACAUUGUUAAACAUUAUUGUUGCUUCAUGUUGCCUAAUCACUUCAUUUGCUGUAAGUUCUUAAUAAUCUUGAUGUAUACUAAAUACUUGCUACUACUAAUAUUAAGAACAUGUAUCUGCUUUGGUGAGAAGGUAUUUCCACUGUAGAAUAUGAUCCUGAAAAUUUCUUUUUGCCAGUGCUGUAUUUACAAGUAAUAUACUGAGGGAUUGUAUUUCUGAUUUAAGAUAUGGUAAUAAGUUAUUGAUUUCAGCACUAGAAAAAAAGACACCAUAGAAAAUACAUAAACAAGUAAUUUGUGUUUUUCAGCAGUACUACCACUGUGAACACAAACUGACCUGCUGAUAGAUUUCUAUUUAUUCAUUUUGCACAUAUUGUAUUGCAAACUGUUAAAUUGAACAUUUCUAUAAGCACUAAUUUCCAACCACAACCAUGCAUGUUAUUCAAGCCUCAGUUGAAACCUAUAUUUUAUGUAUUCAUCAGAAAAGAAUACAGUGUGCACUUUAUUUUUACCAGUAUACCUGUUAUGUGUUCAAUGCAUUUCAAAGAUGCUAUAAGGUUGUUCUAAUAUGUAGCAUUUGCUUACAGUAUUCACUAUAUGAAUGGCUGUGCAGGAAAGCUGGUAAUGCUCUUACAUAAUACUCAUGGCUGUUUGUUUUUUUUAAGAAGUAGGUUCAAAUGCAGGGCAGUAACAAACAAAACAGAAGAAAAUGAAGACACAUUUUCAAGAAUGGUAUGAGGGCACAACUCCUUGUAUGUUUUAAAAAAAAAAAAAGCAGUAAACAAAAGCUGCUUGAGACCAGAGAGAAGUCAAAACUAAACAAAACCUUAGCAAUCUAUAGCUGUAUUUUAUACUCUUGCUGAGUUGCAAGUGUUUGCAUUCUGUAUCAUGUACACACUUCUCUUAUAAAAUAGAAAUAUGCUAAGUCUUGUUGUUUUAAUUCACUUGUAAACUAUAGAUCAUUUACCUAUACUUUAAUGUUUACAAUAUGCCUUUUUGUAUAAGGGGAUUCAGCAUCUUAGCAUUAGGCCUACUAUUUGAAAAGCCUUUUUAUAAUACAAUACCAUAAUAUUACAAGCAGAUGUAGUUACACAUUACAAUCUACAAGAGUCCAUUAUACAAAAGUCUAUUAUCAAAUGUAAACUUUGUGUUUUUAAAGCAAGCUUGCAGUAGUUUUCGCUCUUGCAAUGUAGUAAAUCCGUGUUACUUUUAGGCUGCAGGUCAACUAUCCAAGUCAGUCAGACUCUUCCCAAUCCCUAUUAGUCUGGUUACUAGAUGCUGCACUGUACUUUUCUAUGAGUUUCUGGUUUUUUAUAUGCAACCACAACUCAUUUCUGUAGAAUGUUGCCAUUCAAAUAACAUGUUCCCAUUUAAUCAUUAUAAAAGCUUUGUAAGUAACUAAGUACUUUCCAGAUGUUGACUGGAUGUCACUAAUGCUAUGCAGUACCACACACAGCAUGAUAUAUAUAUAUAUAUAUAUAUAUAUAUAUAUAUAUAUAUAUAUAUAUAUAUAUAUAUAUAUAUAUAUAUAUAUAUAUAUAUAUAAUUUGUAGACUACAUGAUUGUUUAAUUGCUGUGCAUGUGGAAAAAAGCAGGGAAACUUUAGUUUAAAGAAAAAGACAUGCUGUACACAGCUACCAUUGACACUUGUGUACAUAUUUUUUUCUUGUAUAUAACCAUAAACAUAUAAUACUAAAGUAGGUGGUUGAAAGUGUAAAACUACUGUGUGUAUUGUAAGUGCUUUGUCCUCCUAUGGGGGAAAAAAAAUGCAUGCAGAUGUUUUUGUCAAGAUUUUUUUUUUUUUUUGUUGUUGCAUUUCAGUUGCCAAAAUUUGAUUUGACAGAAUUUUUGAAGUAAUGUAUUUGUUUUUACUUUUGAAACAUUCAAGAUCCAGUUGUCUAAGCUAUGCAGUUCAGUUGCACAAAAUAAAAAUGCAUUUUUUUUGGGUCA